GAGAGAGAGAGAGAGCGCCAGCGAGAGGUUGCAGUCCGCUUCUUCAUCCGCUCCACGUUUUGGACUGCGCCUCAGCCCUUAUCCCCUGGCUCUCGAGGGACACCGCAACACCCGUGCCUGGCUACAUGAGGCAGGGAUGACAUAGAACGAGAGAAAGAGAGAGAAUAAGAGAGAGACAGAGAGAGAGAGCGAGAGAGAGAGAGAAGAGGAGGAGGAGGGGAGGGGGACCACUCUACCAUAAAAUAUCUGCUCUUAAUGUUGAAGUCACUGCCUCCUUUUGUCCCGGACACCCCAUCAGUAUUCAGGAAGCGGGCAGGAGAGCAGGGGAAAGGGGCGCGAGGAGAGCGAAUUAAAAGCCCGAAGCAGAGGAGGAGAAGAGAGGAAGCCGCCGUGCCGUGGCAGCCCGGUGCUGUGGGGAGAGGCUGGCAGGAGAUAAAAAAAAUAAUUAAAUAAACGGGAGGAGAAGAGAAACCGCGGACAGGAAGGGGAGGGGGGGGGGAGAGAGAUGUACGCCUCCUAGCCGGCGCCACGCAAAGCCAGCCAGGAUAAUGUGCUGAAGGAGGCAGGAAGGGGAGGAAAAGAAAAAAAAGGAAAGAAAAAGAAGGAAAGAAAGAAAAACGAGGGGGAAGGACACCGAAUCGAUCUACCGCCGCGGGGCCAGAAGAUGGAGGAAGCUGUACAGAGUGAACGGGCACCUUUUCCAGGCCAAGCGGUUUAACAGGAAAGCGUACUGUGGCCACUGCAGUGAAAGGAUAUGGGGGCUGGGGAGGCAGGGCUACAAGUGUAUCAACUGCAAGUUGCUUGUCCAUAAGCGUUGUCACAAACUUGUUCCUCUGACCUGCCAAAGGCAUAUGGAUCCAGUCAUGCCAUCACAGGAACCCCCAGUAGAUGAAAAAAACGACGAAGUGGACCUCCCACCGGAAGAGACGGAUGGAAGGAGUUCCUGUGAGUCCCUGAGCCCACAGCCUGCUGAUCCCCCCUCUCUGUCUCCUCCAGUGCCGUUCCCAGCCCACAAUCGCAAAGUGGACAAACCGGAGGACGACUCGGAGGACAUCAAGGCGGUGGUGGACGGGAUUGACGGGAUAAAGAUCUCGCAGGGACUGGGGCUGGGAGACUUCGACCUGAUCCGCGUCAUCGGCCGCGGCAGCUACGCCAAGGUGCUCCUGGUGCGGCUGAAGAAGAACGACCAGAUCUACGCCAUGAAGGUGGUGAAGAAAGAGCUGGUGCACGACGACGAGGACAUUGACUGGGUCCAGACGGAAAAGCACGUAUUCGAGCAAGCGUCCAACAACCCUUUCUUGGUCGGCCUUCACUCUUGUUUCCAAACCGAGAGUCGGCUCUUCCUCGUGAUCGAGUACGUGAACGGCGGCGACCUGAUGUUCCACAUGCAGCGGCAGCGGAAGCUUCCGGAGGAGCACGCUCGAUUUUAUGCAGCUGAAAUUUGUAUUGCUUUGAACUUCCUUCACGAGAAGGGCAUCAUCUACAGAGAUCUCAAACUGGACAAUGUCCUCCUGGACCACGAGGGACACAUCAAGCUGACGGACUACGGGAUGUGCAAGGAGGGUAUCAGACCUGGAGACACCACGAGCACUUUCUGCGGCACUCCAAACUACAUCGCCCCUGAGAUCCUACGCGGGGAGGACUAUGGGUUCAGUGUGGACUGGUGGGCCCUAGGGGUGCUAAUGUUUGAGAUGAUGGCAGGGCGAUCCCCCUUUGACAUCAUCACCGACAAUCCUGAUAUGAACACAGAGGAGUACCUUUUCCAAGUUAUUCUGGAGAAGCCCAUUCGCAUUCCAAGGUCCCUGUCGGUGAAGGCCGCCAGUGUACUGAAGGGCUUUCUGAACAAGGACCCGAAAGAGAGGCUGGGUUGCCAGGUCCAGACGGGGUUCACCGACAUCAAGUCUCACACGUUUUUCCGCAGCAUAGACUGGGACCAGCUGGAGAAGAAGCAGGUGACCCCACCGUUCAAGCCCCAGAUGACGGACGACUACGGCCUGGACAACUUCGACACUCAGUUUACCAACGAACCAGUGCAGCUAACCCCCGACGACGAGGACGUCAUUAAAAGAAUAGACCAAUCGGAAUUCGAGGGAUUUGAAUACAUUAACCCCAUGCUGGUGUCCACUGAAGAGUCUGUAUGAGGGAGAGGCCGGUCUCCUUUUUACCCUGCGUUUUUGCAGAACCAUUUCGGGCCGAAUGAAUUCUCACUGACUUUGUGGAGAGGAAGAAAGGGGAAGAAGGUUGAAGGAAGAACCGGAAGAAAAAAAAGUAAAAACAAAAACAAACAAACUCCUAAGCUGCUUGCAUGCAAGGUUGAGGAGCUGGUGCAAGACCUUUAUGAUGGAUACCUAAUGUUAUUUUUUUUUGGGGGGGCACACUACGGAAGAGGUGUUAACAAAAUAUAAAUUUGACGACAACAACAAAAGCCCAAGAUCAGUGGGUGGUAGUCUUCCACUAACCACUCUCGCUUUUGUUUUUAACCCUUCAUGUGGGUGUCAGUGCUUCUGGCUUUAUACCUGAAGAAAACGUUCAUUCAUACUGUGCCUGCACCCUCAAAGGACUUACAUGUCUCUCAUCCCUGGGUAAAUAUGAUAGUUCUGCUCCAGAACUGGAAUUUAUGUGCACUUUUUUUUCUUUGAUUUUGUUUCACUUUUUUUUAAAAAAGACACUAGCCAUCUUGUUGGAGGGCCAUCCUCCAAGCUAAACAAGAAUGUACAAUGAUGGAAGGAAAAAAAGUAGUAACUUGUAUUAUAGUGUAGUUAGCAAAUCCAAAUUGAUGAUGCCUUUUAAUGAUGCAAAAUGGCACGUUUUAUUUAUGACCACUUUGUUUGUUUCAGGUUUGUUUUGGCAAAUUGCUGUACUUCACCUACAAAGGAGUUGCAUUUAACUGGUAGUUGAUUUUUUUUUUUCUAGGAGAAACUGGGAGAAUUAAUUAUUUUUUUAAGAAGUGCCUCUUAAGAUCCAAUAUGUAUUUUCCACCAUAGUCCAGAUUGCACUGACAAAAUAGUUCAAAUCAGAUUUACUUCAUGAAAUGGUCGUCUGGUACAGAGUGGACUGUAGAGAACAGCUCGUCAUUAGCGACAGUCUCUCUCCACCAUUUUCUUUUUUUUUUUGUAAAGAGAACACAUGGUUGCACAUGACCAUGGCAGCCAAUCAGAAUUCCAGUGAUGUAAGUGUCAUUGAUCAGAUUUUUUUUUUUUUUCAAAUAUAAAGAGUUAAAAAGGAGAUGAACAAAAUAAUGCAGGCUUGUCGUUCGUAGGGGACGAAGAAUAUGAUGUACAUUACACCUGGAUAAUAAUGCCUCCAACAUGACUAAACAAAUAAUAUGAUUAAUGAUAAUUUCAGUAAUUAUAAAAUAUGUAGAUAUUUUUUUCUUUCUUUGAGGGUGUACCUAAUCAUAUACUACAUGUUUGGUAAAUGCACAACUCCUUUGUACAAACAUGUCUUGAUGCCAGUGACAGGAGGCUUAUCGUGUUUUUAAGACAAACUGCUCAGAUAUGCGGUUCUCCUCGGUUUGACAAUGGUGCAAUUCAGGCGAGACGUUGCACAUCACGGGGGAAUUACGCUAGCCGUAAUUCCUGUUACCAUUAUCCUCUCUCUCACACUGAACACAGCGAAUGGACAGCGAAUGGUUGAUGUCAAUGUCGCCUGGGGGGAGACAGUAUCUCUGCUGAUCCACAAGAAUUCUUUUCACACCAAAAAUUCAGAGGAGGUUCAAUACAGAUGAACACCUGCCAAGGGAUUACUCCCUAACCACACACACACACACACACACACACAGACAACAAAUAUGCACUCACGAAAGCACACAAACAUAACAUGCAUACACACCAGAUUAAAUAGCAGUCCACUAUGUCCAUUUGUUGUGAAAUCACAGAAAUAUUGUGAAAGGUUUCAAUUGUUUAAGAAAAACCUAAGCCUGACUUUUGAAGGUUGCAUUAGUCUUGGUUUAACUUUCUUGAAGAAAGGAAGGAAGAUAAAGUUCAAUGUAAAUUAAUUGAUUAAAUCUGACCUAUAUUAACGGGAUAAGGAGUGCAAUUGGAUUAAUUAGAUCUUCCCCCAGUAAAAACAGAGUCAAUUAGCUGGCAGCGCUGCGCGACUCAGGAAAAACAAAGGAGAAGAAAGCAGAUACCGCGCGGGGUGGAUCGAGACCGGGCGCAGAUUACCGAACCGCGCGUUAAUUGCCUUGAUUAAACGCAUCUACUGAGGAGGAGUUACGGUCUCCAUUUAAGGAGCUCCCUUUGCUUCGGCAAGCCUUUUAACUUGCUGAUUAUAUCUCGCGAACGGUCUGUUGCAGGUUUUCAAGUAGAAAUAAUUUACUGCAACAACAUCGCUCCUCGGCUGACCACUUAGUAUUGCUGUGGGCUCGUCCAGUGUAACACGGAAAUGAGAUUUCCUCUUCCUUUGUAAAUCUAACGUCACGGAGAGCGAACGACGUUAUAGAAGUAUGCGUUUUAAAUCUGGUUCUUGCCUAAGUGUGUUUUUACCUCUUAUCCAGUGGUAUGACAAGCUCGGCUACACUCCAUACAUUCAUGUAAAUGUCUGUAAUUAUGAUUUAAAAAAAUAAAAAACCUAUUCGUGGGUUUUCCGUGAACUGAA